CCCAAAGGGGCGUGUUGGUUUGUGAGUCGCUAGGGUUACUGGGCCUCAAGGCCCCCUGGCCGGGGCGGCGGGUUCACCUAUGGGCCAGUCCAAAAGCAAACCCAGAGAGAAGUCAGUUGAGGAGGAAAAGACGGUCCCUACCAAUUUUGUUGCAAAAUCUAAGGAGAAAGUAAUGGGAAAGGAGUCCAGGCAGCUUGACAAGGAAGCCUUGAAUCAACCUGCCGACAGCGUGCUGUUCGCGGCAGGGACGUCCAAGCACUCAAGGCCUUCCUCUUCCUCUGAAGAAUGAAGGCCAGGAUGAAAAACAGAACACCAGGGGGACCUACUCCUUGCUGGGAACCAGAGAAGAAGCAGUGGCCAUAGAUAUUCAGAAAGAUUGGAGGUAGAAAGUGUAGAACCUAUGCUCUGAUGAGAUGCAGGGGAAGAUGGGCUGGGUCAAGAGUCUCGUGAGAGAGGACCGGACUGGCACGGGCAGGAACAGUGCUUGGUGGUUCGAACAGAGGCACCACGGGACCUUUGAAUGCUACCCAGCUGGAGGCAGUUUGGAAUUCAGGUGCUGGGACUGAAAGAAGUCUGGCCUUGAAACUUAGGAACCCUUCAUAGAAGGGUUACAGCAAAGGCUGCACACCUAGGAGGUUUAAGAGAUGCUUGCUCCCCACGGUGCUUUUAGCUAAGUACAGAAAAGCCAACUAAACAAGAUUUUAUCACCGAAUGGCUCGAUGUCCUGCCAGGCAUCCACCAUGCUUACUCAUCAGCAUGGCUUUGGCGUCAAGGACCCUUCAUGUUCCAGUGUUCCAUCUUCGGUGUCAAGAAUGUCAGUUUGAAAGAGCUAAGAUUUUCCUACUUAGCCAUUGGCUUUCCCACUAAUUGUUUUUUUUUUCUUUUAAAGUUUCCACUUUCCCUAAAAUUACAAGUUUUAGAAAAAUCCUGUAAGAGGGUGGGUGCAUGUCUUAAUGCUGAGAAGCAGCAGCUUUGGGGUUGAAUUUACUUGAAUGGUUUAAAAAUUGCAUUGUUACAAAGUUAGAAAAAAAUUUAUGUAUGGAAAAAUGAUCCUAGCCUUACACUGAGUACAAUAAUACUUAUAAGCAUGUGAAGAUGUGAUCAUUUGUGAUGUUACUUGUAAAAGCAUAUAUACAUAUCUAUACAUAUCUUUUGAAGUGUUGAAAGGAAUAGUACUUUAUAUUCUUUAUCAUACCACUUUUGUAAGUGUUGAAUAUAUUGCUGUUUAUUUUUCUAUGUUCUGUUUCGUAGCCUUAAGAAGUGUUUCAAACGAUCUGAAUGUAUAAACCAAGUCAAUGCCC